UUAGUUUGGUAUUGAGUGUGGAAUAGGAGUCUCGAAAUAUUUCACUAAUAGACAGCCUGGAUCGAUCCUGAAUAUAAAGAUUUUUUCUUCUACUAACUUGUAAGAUAAUGAAUCUAAUGAUUGACUCACUAGAGAUGCCUUAGUAAAAUAAGACUAUAAAUGAAUGAAACUUUAUUUUUGAAAUAAUCUGACUAUCUGAAAUCAACCUGAUUAUAUCGCAUGUAAUCACUUUAUCAAGGACUUCAAUCACGGACUGUUGUUGACUUGUUGACUGGGAAGGGACCUUCAUUUGUAACCCAUUCCAUUCUUUUUCACUUACACUAAUGUAUUUUUCCAUAAUAUUUCAAGAUAUAAAAAACCCUGGGUAAUACCUUAAUACUUUUUCCAAAUUAUGUAGUCCUUUUCAAGAUGACAUGAAUAAUUAAUUGAAAAAAAACUUCAACCUUCAGAAACCUAGCUAGAAAUAUCAGCCAAAAGCUUCAAUAGUGCAAUUACAUUGAUUAGUUUGGGACAGAACCAUUAAAUCAAUAUAAUGUCUUUCUUACUGCACUCUAUUGACACUGGGAAUAUUUUCUGAACUCUUUUCCAAACAGCCAGGGUUAUUUACUGCAUAAAAAUGUGGACAAUUUUGGUAAACAGAGAAUCAGUGGAGAUCUAUGGAAUUAGUGACCACAAACCUCAUUAAUAUUUCAAAGGUGCUAAUGCUUCAGGUGCUGUGGGACUCCCUCAGUUCUAACGAGUCUCCAGAGAUCAAAAGCUUUCAAUGCUGAUGAUUGUGGGUCAAUAAAUACUGAUUUGUACAUUUGUUUUUCAUAAAUCGGUAAAUUAUCAAGACAUUUAAUUGUCUUGUAUAUGGAGUGAAGAUGCAACAUUGUUUAGAAAAUCUCCGUAACCAAAGAUAACGUAGCUUGAUAAUUGAAUUGCUUGAUAACAUUGGGUUUAAGUGAUUGAUAGCCGCAUAAUUUCAUUAGAUUUAUGAUCGCAGUUUCUGGUAAGCACUUACCCGUUGAGUGUUUGAUUUAAGCAAACAGUAUAUGUGAAGAAUAUUACAAAACAAUUAAAGUUCUCAUGCAGUGAUCUGGCAUGGGUUGUCACUUGAUUUCAAAAUUACCUGUGGGAAGACAUAGUACUUUAGGUUAAUCAGCUUGGGGAAUAUGUAGCUGUAAUUUUCUAAGUUAUAGUAAUGAGCAGGCUUUUGCUUCCUAACAAAGAUGGCUGUGGUGAAGACCACAACAGACUAGCUGAGGAGUGGACCAGAUUGUGGAAAUCCCGACAACAGAUCCAGCAGGAAAUUGAACAACUCACCAGCGCCAUGGAGGUCAACCCCGGUCAGUUUGAGAACCUGGCCAAGAUGACCCGGAUUCCCGUUCAGUCCCUGUCACAGACCAGCAAUCCAGCGCACACUGCCGUCAAACUCCGAAAUAUCCAUCCUCCUUCAGGGAUCCAGACAGGAAGUCAGAAACGAAGCACUUACAUUGAGAGUGACACGGAUCAGACAGAGACUCCGCGGCCCCAGAGUUACCGCAGCUACGACAAGACCCAGCAAACCAGAGACAACUCGCGACUGCUGUUCUACAGGGACCCAUUCCCUGGGGGUGUUCCUGUGGGAGAGGAGUUUUCUGUGGAGAGUCGGGCGAACCUGGAGAGACUCAGAAACAAGCAACUGCAGCGGGAAAAAAUGCAGCUUGCCCAACUACAGUACAGUGCAGGGGACAAGAAGAAGAGGGUGUAUACGAGGAAGGAACGGGACCAGAGGAGAGCCCAGCUUCUGACCGGCCCAACGCUGAGCUCUGAGGUCAUGUCUGACUUGGAGAACAGGCACGGUGGUCCUCUAGGGAGCAGGUAUGCUUUAAGCAACCAGGGGUCAGAGAGUAGAAGCCCAAGUGUUUACUCCUCUCCCGUAGGAAACUGGGAUCAGCUGAAGCUAGGAAGGAACAUGAGGGCAGCUCCUCGACACAUCAUUGACUCCAGGGAGGCUCUGCGGUCCUCAAACCAACUCAGAAACAAGGACAAAAUCGAGAUGUUGAACAGACAGCAACAAUUGCUACAGCAACAGAGAGAGCAACGCAUGAAGUUCCUAGAGGAGCAGAGACUGAAGGAGAAAGCCCAGCUGAUGGUCAACGAGAGUCUGCUCAGUAACGAGCUGGCCAGACAUCGCUCGAACCAGUCCAGCCGCGAAAGCUUACACAAGGUGGGAAGGCGUUCCAUGUCCAAUGGGUCACUGUCUAACAGAGAUGGGUAUACAGGAAGGCGUUCGGUCUCAAUCACGUCCUUGACAAAGGAUAACAAAGAAAUAGAGAAGGAAGACGAUAAAAUGUCUGAUAAGAUUAAUUCUGAAACAUUGGCGCCAUCUCAAGGACGAGUGUCAAGGGCAUCAAACCCAGCUUCCGAAAAAACAACUAAAAGUGAAGACUUUUUUGAGAAUGUCCAUAUAGAAGGACAGGGGAUUUUAAACGAUUCUGACAAUCCAGACGGAAAAGACAAACUAAUUUCUGCUGUGCAGAACGAAUUCCGCAGGCUGAGUACAUCGUGAAGUCUGUAAAUUCAACCACUUCAUAGCUCAUUACAAUGUAUUGCCAACAUUUCUGUGAUAAACUGAUUAUACAAGCAGAUUCUGGGUGUUUACUUGGUGCAUUUCUGAUGAAGUGUUAAAAACCAGAUUUUUUAAAUUAGAGCAUAAUAAGAUAUAUUGUUAGAAAUUUUUCUUUUUAUUUUAUAAUUUGUAGUUGAAGUUAUAAAAUAAAAUUCUUGCUGAUUUUCUCAGAUGAAGAUUAUUUACCAUAAUAUAUGAAAAUGUAUAUUGUAAUAUUUAUAGUUUUGUUGUUGUAUCUUUUAGAAAUGAAAUCAUUAUUUUUUGAAACACUUCAGAGGAGCUUUUGUUAAAUUUUUGUGGCAAAGACGAUUAGUUAUUUUAAAUGACAUUUUUCCUAUUAACAUUAUUUUCUGGGGACUUGUGACCUUCAUCUUGUCGCUCUGAAUGCCCUGCUCAUUAACAGUCGUAGAAGUACUUACAAACAUUAUGCUACAAUAACAAUUGUACUUAUCAAAUCUACCUGCUCAGAGGUUUCAUUUUCUGGAAUGUAAAUUAACUAUUGUAAAUGAUCAUGAUCACUUUGAAUCGGAUUCAGAACAUAAUGGAUAUCACAUUUGUAUCAUGUGAAAAUGAGGAGAGAAGCAGCCAUUUUGUAUGUUUCAUGUACAUAUGCAUGUACUUCAUACACUUAUAAUAAUAUUUGUGGAAAAUUCAUAUAAAACCUAUGUGAUGAAACCUAUAUGUGUUGCAAAUAUUUGUACUACAGGACAAUUUUGUAAAAUGUUCCAAGUUGUAAAUGUAUGAAGCAUUGAAGUCUUACUGAGGCCUAGUAGUACUGUGUGUAUAUCUGAGGAGUGUUCUGUCUCAAAAAUUGAUUUUUAAAGAUUUUCAUUUUAUAUUUUUUAAAAAGUUUCAAAUAAUGCAGACAAUACCAACAUUUCAGACCGACCAGAAUUACCUGAUAUUCAAUUCUGUGUUACGGUGAUCUCUCUAUACAUUCCUUGCAUUUCUAGCACCAGCUAGCAGACCGAUAAAGCUGGUCCGAGAUUUGUUCAGACUGAGCGAUUUAGCGUUGUCAUUGAAUCGUAUAAGUUUAAGGAAAUUGGCAGUGUGAAUUACGCUGACACUGAUCAAGUUGAUGUAUUUGAUUGUUGUUUUACAGAGAGCUGUAUGCAAUGACUGUGGACAUGCAUGUGUUUUUCUAGUAUUUGUCAGAGACAAUUAUGCUGAGCUAUCUCUCAGUCUAUUUUUCUACAUGUGUAGCUGUUUUUCAUUAGGUAAUUUUUGAUUGUUGAGGAUUUUCAUGUAGUCUGGAUGAAUAAAAAACUGAAGCAAUUCAAA